CUUCGCGCGGCUCGCGGGCUAGAGUCCCACCACUGCCACUUCUCAUCAUUCCCCUAUUUCUUCUUCGCCAUUGCAAAACCUCUGCAUUUUCAUCUAACGGUCAGAUCUGUCCCCGCUGUAGUCCCCAUCCUACACCUCAACCACACCCAAUCCCUCCCCCCUUUCUCCACUUAUCCAAACCACCUUGCCCAUCAUAAUCCUCCCCCCCGCCACCGAGUAACCUAUUUCUCCGGCCACCGCAGCAGUCGCAUGGAUUCAGAAUCCGAGCCCUUACGUUCCGACUCGGUCGCUGCUGCCGGCGCCGGUGACGGCUCAGAAGACUAUGUUCACGUGGACGAUGCCGGUGCUGCUGACAGUGGCUUUUUCGGGGUGGCGAGUAUGACUGAUAGCGAGUGGCGCGGUGAGGAGAACGAUGAGGUGGUAUUGAGGAGUGCUGACGGUGGUAGUGGCGGUGGUGGAGAAGGAGAAAGAGAAGGAGAAGGAGGAGGAGAUGGUGGUGGUGGUGGUGAUGAGAGAAAGGAAUUGCCGGAGGAGUUGUCGAGGAGUGUUUUGAAGCUUACUUGUGAAUCGACGGCCGUUGAGGGGGGAAUUUGCGAUGUUUAUUUAGUUGGAACUGCUCAUGUUUCUACGGAAUCUUGCAAAGAAGUUCAAGCUGUGAUCAAUUUCUUAAAACCAGAGGUUGUCUUCUUAGAGUUAUGCUCUAGUCGUAUAACUGUACUUCAACCACAGAAUUUGAAGGUACCAACUCUGGCAGAAAUGGUCGAAAUGUGGAAGAAGAAUCAUAAUCUAUUUGGAAUUCUUUAUGGCUGGUUUCUUGCAAAGGUUGCCAGCCAGCUUGCAGUUUUACCUGGGGCAGAGUUUCGUGUGGCAUAUGAGGAAGCAAUGAAGUAUGGAGCCAAGGUUAUACUUGGUGAUCGCCCUGUCCAAAUAACACUGCGGAGGACAUGGGCAAAAAUGCCUCUUUGGCACAAGACGAAAUUGCUGUCUUCCCUGCUCUUUCAGGCAGUUUCCUUGCCAAGCCCUGAGGACCUCUCUAGAAUGCUGAAGGAAAUGGAUGAUGUUGACAUGUUAACUCUCGUUAUUCAGGAGAUGAGCAAGCAAUUCCCUACCCUUAUGGAAACACUUGUGCAUGAGCGCGAUAAGUACAUGUCAUCCUCACUUCUAAAACUUGCCAGUGAGCAUAAUUCAGUUGUAGCAGUUGUUGGUAAGGGGCACUUGCCAGGGAUUAAGAAGCAUUGGAGGCAACCCAUAGAGGUAGCGGAACUCUUGGCUAUGCCUACGCAUAAACCUGCUGUUUCUGUGGGGAAAAUUCUUACGACCAUUGGAGUUGCAGUAGCAGGAGUGGCCAUAGCUUCUGGCAUUUAUCUAUCAGUCAAGAAAUAGCUGCUUGAUAGCAAUUUUGGUUGUAAAUACUGUUUUACUUGAUAAUGGAUUUAACAUUUAAAUUCAUCUUUUCUGAAAUAGCUGCUCAAAGGGGAUAAUAAUUCUGCUAACCUCCACCCCCCAUCUUGUACUAAAUUGCCCACCACUAGAAACAAUUUGGAGACUGCCAACUUGUGUAACUGAGGCUAAGUUCCUUUCGUCUUGUUGCCAUGCCAUUUAACUUGUAUGUUACAACAGAGUGAAGCUUAUACUCUUUGUACAGACUCACCAGAACCCUUACUUGUUUAACCAUACAAAACAGAAACUGAAUGAACCAA